AUGGCAACUAGAUAUCAAAGCGGUACGAACGACAAUCAUCCUUUACGCUGGUCUAUCAAUUUUUUAACACACAAGAUGUUGGGAACUAUAGCUCAAGGGGGCCUUAACUUCAGAUACCAAAAUAAAUACGUCGAAGCAGGAAAGCAGGGGCUUGUAGGAGGACAGGUCGGAAACACACAAAUUGUAUAUAUCUAA